AUGUCAAAACCUACCUUGUAUCCCGUUCAAGGCAUAAAUCUGCAGAUCUGCUUCAUGAAAAAGUCUCUAUCAGACACGGACAGACCCACCUCCGAUUCGGAAGUGCCCGCCAUCUCCCACCUACUCGACACCGUCCCCCUAGCCCGUCGCCAUCUGUCCCGCUCGACGACAACUAAUAUAGAGGAUAUUCUUGAGAGUUGUCAUAUUUAUUGUAUCUGCUUCAUGAACGAGUCCCUAUCGGACACGGACAGUCCCACCUCCGAUUCGGAAGUGCCCGCCAUCUCCCCCCACCGACUUGACACCGUCACCCCCACCCCGUCGCCAUCUGUCCCGCUCGACGACAUCAAAUAUAAGGGAUAUUCUUGA